UCUAAAGUUACAGUGAUGGCGAUGAAGUGGGCGCUGGGUAUUCUAUGGCUUCUGAGCCCAGUUUUGGCGACCAACAGCUCCCGACCUAACAUCCUUCUACUGUUGAUGGACGAUAUGGGGUGGGGAGAUUUGGGGGUGUUUGGUGAACCCUCCAAAGAGACUCCUAAUUUGGACCAGAUGGCUUCGGAAGGCAUCCUGUUUACGGAUUUUUACGCUGCUAACCCCCUGUGCUCGCCAUCAAGAGCGGCGUUGUUGACCGGGCGCCUUCCUAUACGGAAUGGGUUCUAUACCACCAAUGAUCAUGCUAGGAAUGCAUACACCCCACAGGAGAUAGUCGGAGGAAUCCCUGACUCGGAGAUUCUGCUGCCUGAACUGCUGAAGAAAGCUGGAUAUGUCAAUAAGAUUAUUGGCAAAUGGCAUCUUGGUCACAGACCCAAAUACCAUCCCUUGAAACAUGGAUUUGAUGAGUGGUUUGGAUCUCCCAACUGUCACUUUGGACCCUAUGACAACAGACAAAGGCCCAACAUUCCUGUGUACAGAGACUGGGAGAUGAUCGGCAGAUACUACGAAGAUUUCAAAAUUGACCACAAAACGGGCGAGUCAAAUUUGACCCAGAUCUACCUACAGGAAGCUCUGGACUUUAUUAACAAACAUGCCGCUACAUCACAGCCCUUUUUCCUGUAUUGGGCCAUUGACGCUACCCAUGCUCCAGUGUACGCAGCCAGAUCUUUCCUGGGCACCAGCCGCCGAGGCCUAUACGGAGAUGCAGUGAGGGAGAUUGAUUUCAGCAUUGGGAAAAUCCUGAACCUGCUGAAACAGAAAGGGAUUGAUAAGGAUACCUUUGUAUUCUUCACAUCUGAUAAUGGAGCUGCUCUCAUCUCUGCUCCAAACCAAGGUGGUAGUAAUGCUCCUUUCCUUUGCGGGAAGCAGACAACAUUUGAAGGUGGCAUGAGAGUGCCGGGCAUUGCGUGGUGGCCGGGGCAUGUGGCUGCGGGUCAGGUGAGCCAUCAGCUGGCCAGCAUCAUGGAUCUCUUCACCACCAGCCUGUCCCUAGCUUCUCAGGAUCUUCCUGUGGAUCGGUUUAUUGAUGGCAUUGAUCUGUCUACUGUUCUUCUUCAGGGCAAAGUGAUCGAAAGGCCCGUGUUCUACUAUCGCGGCAAUGAGCUGAUGGCAGUCAGGCUAGGCCAGUAUAAAGCCCAUUAUUGGACGUGGACUAAUUCAUUGGAGGAAUUGUCCCAGGGUAUUGAUUUCUGUCCCGGUCAGAACGUUUCUGGAGUAAUGACACAUGCACAAGUGGAGCACGGUAUCAACCCCCUUCUGUUCCACAUGGGCAGAGACCCCGGGGAGAAGUACCCGAUAAGCGUAUUAAGUACCGAGUACCGCGAUGCUGUUACAAGGAUUUCAUCUGUGGUUCGCCAGCACAGGGACACCAUGAUCCCAGGCCAGCCCCAGCUCAAUGUUUGUGACCUGUCUGUCAUGAACUGGUCACCUCCAGGAUGUGAAACUCUUGGAAAGUGUAUAACCCCUCCAAGAUCCGAGCCGUGGAAAUGUGUCUGGCCACAUUAACGACUGACAAUCAGAGAGUUUCAUCAGCUGCAAAGGAGACAUACAACUCUUGCCAGAAGAACUCACAAUUAUUAUUGCUGUGCUCCCAGAUUCGGCAGGGAGCCAGCUGUGAAUUUUUGGGACCAGAAGGGAAUCCUCCGAUCAAGGGCUUUGACUUUUGCUAAGGCGGCACAUGCCUGUUUUGCUUCUCGCUUGGGCAGGUUUGGACCCUCGGAUACUGGAACACAAACUGUGAGUGCGGGAAAAGAAGGGUUUCAUACAAAGCGUUAUACUGCAGCAUAUCAAUCCCUGGACAGCUGCAGAAACACAAGACACAGCAUUCAGCUCGGUCUGUAAUAUGGACAGCCAGUCUGCUGUUCACAUCGCUAAGGCAAUUGUUGGCUAAUUGCAGAUGUUCACCUACAUCAGCGGACAA